UGUUGAACUUCGUGCGAAAAAGAAAGGCCUGUUUUAAUGCUAGUUGCAGCUUCCCGGCCCUCACCGUCUAGGCACACCAUCUGAAUGUACACCUCCAUGCAACAGCCCGGCCGAUACGUACCAAAGUCGAUUCAGUUCCCGCGAUCGCAUUAAAGGGACGACGGCUCCCGUCAAGUAAAAAUCCAAUCGUUCCUCACAGAUUUUUUCAACCAUUCUUCGCAGUCUUAGGGCUCCGUUGUCUCUGAGAUAUGUCCAUUCGUACAGUCGGUAUUGUUGGCACUGGCGUGAUAGGAGCAUCAUGGACGGGCCUCUUCCUCGCUCAUGGUCUGCGUGUGAUUGUUGCAGAUCCGGCACCUGGCGCAGAGGAGAAGCUGGCCUCCUAUCUGCAGAGUAUCUGGCCUGCGUUGGAGAUCAUGGGUCUCGAUGAGAACGCCUCUGUUUCGAACUACGAGUUUGUAGGCGCGACUCUAGGCAGACACUACAAAGACGUGGAUUUUGUCCAAGAGAAUGCGCCCGAAAGGCCAGAUCUCAAGACAAAACUUCUUGCCGAGAUCGACGCGGCUGUUCGACCAGAUGUUGUCAUCGCCUCUUCAUCUUCAGGAAUUCCAAGCUCAAAGUUCAUCAGCCAAUGUCAGCACCCAGAACGAGUACUCAUUGGCCACCCGUUCAACCCACCUCACCUCAUGCCACUUGUGGAAGUCGUUCCGCAUGCAAAUACAAGUUCGUCAGCCAUCGUAAAUGCGAUGGCCUUUUACGAGUCCGUGGGACGUCGUCCUGUUCACAUCAAAGACGAGGUACCCGGUUUUGUCGCCAACCGUCUUCAAGCUGCCCUUUGUAAUGAAGCAUACAGCCUAGUGGCUCGUGGAAUAGUCACCGCCCAGGAUCUUGACGCUUGCAUCACUACUAGUCUGGGACCUCGGUGGGCCAUGGUUGGGCCAUUCCUCGCGAACGCAAUGGGAGGGGGCGGUGGUAGUGAGGGAUUCAAACACCUUCUUGAGCAUUUAGGACCUGCAAGCCGAGUCUGGGUCGAGGAUAUGCAGGAGCACAAGUUCGACUGGUCACAGGAUAGCAUUGAUGCCUUGGGUUCAAGCGUUUCAGACGAGCUUCAAGGUAAAAACGUCCAAGAGCUCGAGCAAAAGCGGGAUGACGACCUCGUCAAGUUCUUCAAGAUCAAGGGCGCGAGGCGUACGAGCUUCCAUGGUAUUGCGCUUUAAUCCCAUUGAUCCCAUAGCAU